AAUGACAUAUGCUGGAAUAGUUUAUUAUGAAGUAAAAGGUGUUGAAGAUCUAGUUACGUUUGCUGCUGCUAAGAAUCUGAAUGCCCUUCUUGAGUAUGUUAAAGAUUAUCAUUCUAAAGCUGAGAUGGGACAGAAUGUCUACUUUUGUUUCAACGAUUCUUCUAAACACAUUGAGCUGAUAUUGAAUCACAUGCCACAAAAGUACCCAUUUACUGGUUGGACAAUUCAAUCACAUAUUGAACCUUGCAGGCUAUCUAAAAAAGACAUUGAUAACUUUGGCAAAAAGGAUUACCCACUUCCUCCUACUUGUAUCAUUUCAGUUUACGGAUCACUUGCUCCUGGUACUGAAGCUAUGCUACACUAUGCUAUACCACUGGAUGGUGUUGAUGAUCCAGUAACAAUCUUCAUCCACAGAUCAUUAAGAACUACUACUACUGUUACUACACCAUCAGUUGCUCCAUUACUUGUUGCUGAUACACCAACUAAAAGAUUAAGAGCAGAAGGUACUGACGUCAAGUCUAUCACUGACAGGUUAAUAGCAGUUAUAAGAAAUAAAGAAGUUGUACUAAGUGAAAUAUUUGAAGAUUCUCUUCCUGACAUUGCCUUAGGAUUGAGUGCAGCUAAUAUCAUCACUCACUCAGUUAGGAAGAAUCCUUCAUAUGACUCCAUUAUUAGGAAUUUCAUCACUGGGCUAAAAAUGAAAUCCAGCAUUGCUGAACUUGAAGUUCACUGUAUGGAUUUUCUUGAAGCUCUUUCAAACAUUGGAGGUCCAGUGACUGGAGCUGCUGACAUGUUGAGGAGGAAAUGGAGAGAAGAGACAAACCUCCAGCUUGACAGUAAAAGAAUCAAUUAAUUUAUCUUAGGCUCUGCACUUGCAGCUUUCUUAUAUUAUUAUUAUUAUUCAUUAUUAAUGUUUAACUUUAUUAUUAUCACACAUCCAUGCACCUUAUUAAUAUACAGAUACGUAAUUACAUGUACAUGAUGUAUUUUUAUACCAUCUUUGUUUGAAUUAACAUUAAUAAUGAGUGUACUUACAGUACCUCAACUAUACCAAGCUA